AUGAUGGAUGAAUGUUUGGAUGGAACUACCGAUGCCCACACCCAUCAUUGUCCUCUCUCUGUUGUUUCUGCAGGCAACCCAGAGGAUCUGCCCCCAUCCUCAAAGGACCCCACAGAUGAGGCAUCCACAACUGAGGCCCCUACAGCUCAGGACCACAAACCUGAGCAUUCCCAAACUGAGGCCCCCUCAGCACAGGCAGUGUUGGGAGAGCUGAAGGUGUCCAGUAUCACACCUGACUCUGUGCAGCUGCAGUGGAGCGUCCCAGAGGGCUCCUUUGACUCCUUCACACUGCAGUACCGGGACGCCCAGGGCCAGCCCCAGGCUCUGCCCAUCGAUGGCGGGUUGCACUCAGUGACAGUGCCAGGGCUGUCCCCUUCCCGGCGGUACCGCUUCCACCUCUAUGGGCUGAGGGGUGGGAAGAAGACUGACCGUGUCUCCACUGACAUCAUCACAGCUGAUGGGGAAGCUGCAGCUGUGCCAGAGGAGCUGCCAGUGCCCUCAGAGGAGCCCCAGAAUGAACAACACCAAACUAAGGCCCCAUCUGCAACCACCCCAGCACGGGCAGUGGUGAAGGAACUGAGAGUCUCCAGUGUCACACCCGACUCUGUGGAGCUGCAGUGGAGAGUCCCUGAGGGCUCCUUUGACUCCUUCACGCUGCAGUACCGGGAUGCCCAGGGCCAGCCCCAGGCCCUGCCCAUUGAUGGCGAGUCCCGCUCAGUGACAGUUCCGGGGCUGUCCCCUUCCCAGCGUUACCGCUUCCACCUCUAUGGGCUGCGGGGCAGGAAGAGGGUCUACCAUACCUCCACUGAAGCUGUUACCGAUCCCAGCACAAGCCAAUCAAUCAUCAACCCUUCUACCAACCUAUUGACCAGCACCUGCCAUCCUCCACCAUCAUUUUCAUCAUCCUCUUUAUCUAUCAUCCAUCAUCAUCACCAUCAUUAUUAUCAUCUUCCAUCAUGAUCAUGAUGAUUGAAGAACUGAAUGG